CGACUCCCAGCGCCGAGUGAAAUUGGAGAGAAAAGGCUAGUUCGAGUGCGAUUACCGCUGCUGCUGGUGCUGGAGCUGGCUGUCAGUGGCUCGAGUUGGCCGUGUUGGUGGAUACCGUUGCCUUUUUGUGGCUCAGAGCGGUUUGUUUGACCGCGAGCGGAAUGCAGAUAAACGCGUUUUAAAUGAAUUGCUGAACGGUCGAAUGUAAUACCCAUCGAGGGUCGCCCAAACUUUAUCGAAAGUGCAACAAUAAACGGAAAAGGGUCGAGAAAAAGCGAGCGCAGGGAGCUGGAAAAGUUGCAUUGCCUUCUUUCUAGCGCACAAAGAAAAUGAGCGCAAAGAUGACGCGCUACAAGCAGACCGAAUUCACGGAGGACGACUCCAGUUCCAUUGGCGGCAUUCAAUUGAACGAGGCGACCGGCCACACGGGCAUGCAGAUACGCUACCACACCGCCCGGGCUACAUGGAAUUGGCGCUCGAGAAACAAGACGGAGAAAUGGCUGCUCAUCACGACUUUUGUGAUGGCCAUCACGAUCUUCACGCUGCUCAUCGUCCUUUUCACAGAUGGAGGCAGCAGCGAUGCGACCAAGCACGUCCUUCACGUCCAGCCGCACCAAAAAGAUUGUCCUUCCGGCAAUGAGCUUCCUUGCUUGAACAAGCACUGCAUCUUCGCCUCGAGCGAGAUCCUCAAGUCCAUCGAUGUGACCGUGGAUCCCUGCGAUGACUUCUACGGAUAUUCCUGUAAUCAAUGGAUCAAGAACAACCCCAUUCCCGAGGGGAAGUCCACGUGGGGCACCUUCGGCAAGCUGGAGCAGAUGAACCAGUUGAUAAUCCGCAACGUGCUGGAGAAGCCGGCAAAGAGCUUUAAGUCGGACGCGGAGCGGAAGGCCAAGAUUUACUAUGAAUCCUGCCUGGAUGCGGAUGAGCACAUGGAGAAGCUGGGGGCCAAGCCCAUGAACGAUCUCCUGCUGCAGAUCGGAGGAUGGAACGUGACCAAGAGCGGCUACAACGUGGCCAACUGGACGAUGGGACACACUCUAAAGAUUCUGCACAACAAGUACAACUUCAACUGCCUGUUUGGCUGGGCGAUCGGGGAGGACGACAAGAACUCCUCGCGUCACGUCAUCCAGAUCGAUCAGGGCGGUCUGACGCUGCCCACCGCUGACUACUACAACAACAAGACGGACAAUCACCGCAAGGUGCUCAACGAGUACAUUGAGUACAUGACCAAGGUGUGCGUCCUGCUCGGGGCCAAUGAGUCGGAUGCCCGCGCCCAGAUGAUCGGCGUCAUUAACUUCGAGAAGAAGCUGGCCAACAUCACCAUUCCGCUGGAGGAUCGCCGCAACGAGGAGGCCAUGUAUCAUCCGAUGCAGCUGCGACAGCUGUCCAAGCUGGCGCCGUUCCUCAACUGGACGGAUCACUUCGACAAUGCCAUGCAGAUGGUGGGUCGCCGGGUCACCGACGACGAGGUGGUGGUCGUCUACGCACCCGACUUCCUCAAGAACCUAUCGGACAUCAUUCUCAAGAUGGAACAGACCGAGGAGGGAAAAAUCACCUUGAACAAUUACCUCGUCUGGCAGGCGGUACGCACGCUGACCAGUUGCUUGUCCAAACCAUUCCGGGAUGCCUAUAAGGGCGUGCGGAAGGCCCUCAUGGGCUCGGAUGGCGGCGAGGAGAUCUGGCGAUACUGCGUCUCGGACACGAACAAUGUGGUUGGGUUCGCCGUGGGUGCUAUCUUUGUGCGUCAGGCCUUCCAUGGGGAGUCGAAGCCGGCGGCCGAGCAGAUGAUCGGCGAGAUCCGCGAGGCCUUCAAGAUGAAUCUACAGAAUUUGACCUGGGUGGACAAGCAGACGCGCGAGAAAGCUAUCGAGAAGGCCAACCAGAUCUCGGACAUGAUCGGAUUCCCCGACUAUAUUCUGGACCCCGUGGAACUGGACAAGAAGUACGCGGAGUUGAACAUCACACCGAAUGCCUACUUUGAGAACAACAUCCAGGUGGCCAUUUACAAUCUGAAGAGCAACCUGAAGCGUCUCGACCAACCGGUGAACAAGACCAACUGGGGCAUGACCCCGCAGACGGUCAACGCCUACUACACGCCCACCAAGAACCAAAUCGUAUUUCCCGCGGGCAUCCUGCAGACGCCCUUCUUCGACAUAAACAACCCCAAGAGCCUGAACUUCGGGGCCAUGGGCGUGGUCAUGGGUCACGAGCUGACCCACGCCUUCGAUGACCAGGGACGUGAGUACGAUAAGUUCGGCAACAUCAAUCGCUGGUGGGAUUCCAAGAGCAUCGAGCGGUUCAACGAAAAGUCCGAAUGCAUUGCCAGACAGUACAGUGGAUACAAGAUGAACGGACGCACCCUCAACGGCAAGCAGACGCUGGGCGAAAACAUAGCCGACAAUGGCGGCUUAAAGGCGGCCUACCACGCCUACCAGCGAACCAAGAGCGACCGUGAUGUGGAUGUGCUGAAGCUGCCGGGCCUGAAUCUCACGCACUCGCAGCUCUUCUUCGUGUCCUUCGCCCAGGUCUGGUGCUCCAGCACAACGGAUGAAACGAACCUGCUGCAGAUGGAGAAGGAUCCGCACUCGCCGUCGCAGUUCCGGGUGAUCGGCACAUUGUCGAACAUGAAGGAGUUCGCCGAUGUCUUCCAGUGCAAGCCCGGCAAACGGAUGAAUCCCAUCGACAAGUGCGUGGUGUGGUAAGGGGGUAGCGCAAUUUCGAUCUCAGAACGAGCCAAAGAUGGAGCCAAAGCCAAAGCCGAGCAACUAGACAACCAUUUCAGGUGCGGAUGGUGGGACGCUGAUACAGAUACAGAUGCAGAUGCAGAUGCAGACUGGGAGAUACAGGCUCAAAGUGCUGAUCCUGUAUUCCGGAUUUUAUUGUUUAAGUUGUGUCACUUCGUUUUUAUUUUUAUGUUGCCAUUUGUAUUUUGUCGAAAGACCGUCAGUCAUUGUGCCUAUGAAAAUGAUAGAAACUGGCGAUAAAUUCACGUUCGCACUCCAAGGGGUCUGGAGUGCCGAUCUAUACAUAAUAGGUCCUGGAGCAGGAUCAAGGGACCCUUAACUACAUUUGAAUGUGAACGCACGAGCUACCAACUUUAUGGGAUGGGUGUGUGCGAUCAAGCGAGAUGCGGCACACGCCCAGCGGGUCUGAUAUAUAUAUAUAUAAAGAUAUAUAUAUAUAUAUAUAUAUAAAUAGAUAUGAUAACGAUAAACGAUAAUUGUAACUUAGCUAUUUGUAGAACUAUGAAUGUAUAUUGUAUUAUAAAGAUACAAAGUUCGCAGCUCGUGUCCGAAAGAAGAAGGUUUUCUCCCAACUUAGAAAUACCUUCGAAAGAGUUUUGAAAAAUCUCAUUUUUUUUUCUUAAAAUACGAUUGCGACGAAGUUCCUGAGAACGGGAUAGAAAUAAAAUGGUGGGCUACUGGGUGCGAAAGUGAAAGAGAUAGAGAUAGAGAUAGAGAUAGAGAUAUAGAAAGAGAGGCAAACAGUUUUGAAGCUUUUCAGUUGCCAAAGUGAACACGAAAUAAAUGCGUGAUUUAGUUUUUCAUUAUUAUAAGUUGAAAAUUAAAGAAUUUUUGUUUCGAUCGGAAAAUAGCUCCGUCUGAUACAUUUGUUUUCUUUACGGGUUCCUAAAAAUUUGCAAAUUGUUGUCGAUUUGAAUUUAUGUUAUAACCUUGUCAAGCAGAAUAGCAAAAUAGACAAAGUCUGGAAUUGGAAUGAAAAGAACAGAACACAAACCAACACCAAUUAAUUAAUAAUCGCUCAGAUAUUGAGAUGCAGAGCCAACCAAAUUGGAGGGAUUUUCUUUUGUACGAAAGAAAAACAUAUCAGACUAAGAUGAUGUGAAAAAAGCCAACACCAACCACGUAUAUCUAUGGAACUUACCUAGGCACCAAAUCGGAAUCAAUCCAAGAAGUUAGCUAUAAGAUAAUGAACAUCCUCAAUCAGUCAGAGCACAAAUCUCCUCCAGCUUAGCUAGACAAUAUGGCCAAAAGGUUUUUCGGUUCACUAGCCCGAUUCUCGAGGGCCAUUCCAUUUAUGUAGUUUCGAUUGUUAUCCACAUUUUCGAUUCAGAAUCAACGUACAUACGACGAAUGCAUUUAUCUCUUCAUUUAGUCAUUGCUUUCCCGAAUCAUUUGAUUUUAAAUGCUGGGAGUAUCUGGACACAGAACAAAACUAAGUUGAUGUAUUAUAUAACAUGUGUAUGUAUUUAUAGUUUGCCCCAAUCAGUUGAUAGAAAGGGGGAACGGGGGUAGCUAAGGGGGUAUACUAUUAAAACCCCUCUAUAUCCAUCGAGAUAUCAAGCAGAUGAUUUUUGUAUUCUAUAUAUGUACUAUAUGAUAGAUGAAGAAAUGAUAACUAUAAUACAAAUAUUAAAAUAUUAUUAUUAUACAAACUACAUAUACAUUAACUGAAUGUUUAAAUGCGAAUUAUUUUUAUUGUCUAUUAAUAAAGUGUAUAUGUGCAUGUAUACAUUUGCGAAAAAAAAACAAUAAAUUAUGCUAUAGUCGUGCGUCCCGACUAAGGGAAACCAACUACUCAA